AUGACUCCACCAACUAUGUUACAAACUGCUCCAGCUGAGACUUUUCACUUAGCACCCGCUGAAAAGCACCAAAUAAACUUGAAAUCCAAUGCUGCAAAUGGAGAGAUUAAGUUUGCUGACUGGGAGAAAUUCCAGUUCGCUCCAAUUAGAGAAUCGACUGUCUCCAGGGCAAUGACCAAGAGGUACUUUGCUGACUUGGACAAAUACACAGAGUCGGAUGUUGUUAUUGUUGGUGCCGGCUCUGCUGGUUUAUCUGCUGCAUACGUUUUGGCCAAGAACAGACCAGACUUGAAGAUUGCAAUUAUCGAGGCAUCUGUAUCCCCAGGUGGUGGAUGCUGGUUAGGUGGUCAGUUGUUCUCUGCUAUGGUAUUGAGAAAGCCUGCAGACCAAUUCUUGGACAACUUAGGUGUUGCUUACGAAGAUGAAGGUGAUUAUGUUGUCGUCAAACAUGCUGCUUUGUUCAUGUCGACCUUGCUUUCCAAAGUCUUGGAGUUUCCAAAUGUCAAGUUAUUCAACGCUACAGCUGUUGAGGAUUUGAUUACAAGACGUGAUGAUUCAACAGGUGAGUUGAGAAUUGCUGGUGUUGUUACCAACUGGACAUUGGUUGCAUUGAACCACGACACUCAAUCGUGUAUGGAUCCAAACACCAUCAACUGUAACGUGGUUUUGUCUACCACUGGCCACGAUGGUCCUUUUGGAGCCUUUUCUGCCAAGAGAUUGGAAGAAUUGGGUAAAGCUCCAAAGGAUAUCACUGCUGGGUUUAGAGCAAACAAUCAAGAACAGCAAAAGCCAGUACAAACUAACUCUGCAUCUGGAUUUGAAUUGGGAGGUAUGAGAGGUCUUGACAUGAACAAGGCAGAAGACGCCAUUGUUAAAGGCACUAGAGAAAUUGUACCAGGUUUGGUAAUUGCCGGUAUGGAAUUGGCUGAAGUUGAUGGCUCUAACAGAAUGGGACCAACUUUCGGAGCCAUGGCUCUCUCUGGUGUUAAAGCUGCAGAAUCUGUAUUGAAUGCUGUUGACGUCAGACAAAAGCAAAACGAAACGUGCUACGGAGGCUUAAAAGCGGGCAUCCCAGAGGCUCCAUUCAUUGAACUGGUGGAUGCCGUUAUCAAGGACCCGGAAAAUGAGUUCCAACCAGUGAUGUCGCAAUUUCAACAACGUUUACAACAAUAUAAGUAUAUGGAGUUAUCAAAGCAGCAGCAAUUAGCCGACGUUAACCUAAAAAUACCGGAUAUCGAAAAGAAUUUGGAAGUUAUAAACUAUAUUAGACAAUCUAAAGCAACUGCGCUGGAUGGAGGCGACGACGACGAGGAAACGGAAAACGAAUUGACAUUUAAUUACGAGCUUAAUGAUACUUUGUAUAACAAGGCAACUGUUGAUGUGAAAAAGUUGGAGUCAGUGUUUUUGUGGUUAGGGGCCGAGGUCAUGCUCGAAUACCCGUUGGAUGAGGCUGUUGCUCUUUUGAACGAAAGAUUGAGUAGAAACCAGGAGCAAAAGGUGAUUGUACAAGAGGAUCUAGAAUUCCUUAGAGAAAAUAUAACCACGAUGGAAGUCAACACGGCAAGGUUGUAUAAUUGGGAUGUCGAAAGAAGAAAGAAAGAACAAGCAAAGAAUUAA